CCGCGGUCGCUCGCGAAGAAUCCACCACAUUUUCCUGCGCAAACGCAAGCAGUACGCGUGUCAAUACUGGCCGAAUUUAGAAAAAGAAAAACGUUUUUAAUUCAAAAAUCGAAUUUCAAGGAGCGUGGUGUAUUGGGAACUUUUUUUUGUUGUUUAGUGAUGUGUCGACAUGUCUAGUGAAGCGUCAGUGAGUACAAGCUCGAGCUCGCGAAUCAGGCAGUUCGGGCUGUACAGAACCAUUGACGCGAGGACAGAGGAGUUCCUCAGGCUUUCGAGGAAGCGGCAGAUCAAGCAAGGAUGCGCGUGCGCGGCUGUCUCCACCGCCAUCACUGUUACAGUUGUCAUUGUAAUUCUACUAAUCUACGAAUAUGCGAUUGCGGUAGAAUCAAGCUUAGUACAAAGCAUACGACGAGCAAACAGAAAACUUGACAUCACAAAUGUAUCAAACGAUACUCCAUUCGCAGACCGACUCGACCGAAGCUACUUCGGAUUCGACCAGGAUUACUACGAACGAAUGCCAUUAUUAGUUAAUGCCAUGCAAGAGAACAGUUACAUAGAUCCAACUAUUGACACUGCUCAUGAGCACAGAGAAAACUAUCUUAAGCCACCUACCCCUGUACCUACCUUGAAAACAAACUAUGUGACCCAUGUAAGAAGAACUAGUCCUCGGCCAUUCUUUUUCGAAUACAAAUCUCCAACUCCUGUCCCAUUUAGUAAAACCUACAAGUCCAAAAGCUGGAUAGAAAGUUACCGCAAUGCCCAAAGGCUAAAAAAUAUUCAACAGGUUAUUAAAUAUUUGGAGAAAACCAUAAACGCAAAAAUAGGAGACAUGUACACAUUACCUUCUAGCAAACAAAUAGCAUUUACUGGAUUGUACCUAGAACCAAGCGUGCUGCGUGAUAAAUCUCAGGAAUCUGAACAUGAUUUGUCAGUGGGUAGCUCCGAAAAAGUGGGAUUUGUAAAUUCAAAUCAUCAAGCAGAUCCAUUAUUUAAAUAUAAACCAGAUAGUCCGGGUGAAGUCAAUCUUCUUGCAGAUGGUUUUCUUCAAUUUUCUCCAAAUUCAGGAGGACGAAGAGACUUGCCCCAUAUACCAAUGUUCAGGCCAAUACCAAGUCAUAAGCGGGCAUGUCACGGACAAGGUUGUGACACAAAGAAGUUACCUAAUAUAUUGUCAUCGCCAAGUUCAAGUGAGACACAUUAUGAUGAAACGUCAAACUUUAGUCAAGCCAAAAGUUUUAGUGUAAUGCUAAACUUAUUUCCACUGAAGUCGCAUUCAGGCGAAGAAACUAAAAAAAUUGACCACGUGAAGAAAACACCACUCGAUAAAAUUUAUUUGACAACUUCAAAACCUCUUAUACUUUUCAAAAGAAAAUCAACAUCAAGACGAAGAACUAUACCAACAAAAAGACCUCGCAUUGCAAAAGAACAUAAGGUACUCUUUAACGACGUUGAAAACAAUAUAAAUUCACGGGAAAAGAUAAAUGAAUCUGCAGCGGGGUCGAACAUGAUCGUACAAAUAAAUCUUUAUACACCGGAUAAAAAAUCAGAAACAUCGACGACAACGACUGAAAUAAACAAAAUAAAAGAACAUGUAACAAGUUCAACAGAAACCAAUAUAAUGAAUUUUAUACCAACUCGGACGACUGAACUUCCCUUUCUUCUGUCAACAACACAAGUGGAAGAUUAUCAUGUGGGUAGCUCAGGCAUAAUUCCUGUAGACGCAAGAGUUCCACCUCCUACUACUCAGCCACCAGUACUACCACAAGUAACGACCGUGUUACCAUUCUUUGACGUCACAUUGACUAGCACUGAAGGAGUUUGGUUUACUAAACCACCAGAUAUUUUGAAAUUUAGUCACGAAGAUGCAAAAAUACCUGAAGAGUACAGAAAAUAUAGAGAAUCUGAUGUGUCUGACAAUAUUUUUUCAGAUAUAAACAGACGAAAUUUUAGAAGUGGCUUUGAGAUGGGUGAUUUCGAAUCAAGGACUCUCGUGACUAGAUUAAAAAAUGAACAAGAAUAUUUUGAUACUACUACAAUACACGAAGAAACCACCGAACAAACGACAACCACUACUCAAAAUAAUGGUCAUUACAGAAGUUUUAAUCAUAAACCUAAAAUUUUGAGCUCUUUGUUGGAUCCCAAUUCAGAAAUGAACAGAAAACGUCGAUUAAAUUUAUACGCUAAAGGAUUUAGAAGAGCAAGUUUUUCUCGCGACUACGUCGAAAUACAAAGAAACAGCACCAAUAGUUCUGAAGACUAAUAACUAAUGUGUUUUAAAUUAUUACUAUUUAUUUAUUUCUACUCUGUGAAGUGGCCCACCGACUUGUUUUCAUUGUGUCUAGUUUUAGUCUUCUGUACAGUAUUAUUAUGUGGGCAUUCGUUUUGUA